AUGCCUUCGGCACAUAUACAAAACGACCUUGGUGCGAUAGCAAUCCAAAAGGAUGAAGCGCAGCGAAACCCAAUCGCCAAGACCCUACUUGUGCAAGUUGACAGCCAGACUAUUAUUGAGCGUAACAAAGUCACUUCCGAGCAAGUUUUGGGAACCGCUGAGCAAGGGUUUGUGGCUCAUGCAUCCCAAGAACCAACGACUACUAUAUCAGAAAUCGCCACUAUUUUCCUGGAAGCCAAUAUCGAGCCCAGCCCGUCCAGAAACGGAUCUCUUUUCAGAUGGAAGGGAAGAGCACCGGCCAUUGUUCAGGCUCUCAGAUCUCUUCCUGUUUCGUAUAAUCAUGCUCUCCAGUGGUAUGCUCGCCUUGCAGAAGUCCAUCUCGAAUUCGGUAACGGAUAUGACUUGGUGAGAUCUAUGAAAAAGGCAGAAUUGGAUGUGAUCACAAGCAUCAAGAUCGAUGUUCGAGAUCUUGAACCGUUCGUUUGCGAAUUCCCCUCCUGGCUGCAAUACUCGAAUAAACUCACCAAAGUCACUGUCGAACUUCCUACUGGCAUGAUGUAUUUGAGGGAGCAAACCAUGGUGGAUAAGGUAGCAGGACGGGUCUCUAAGAAGCUAAAAGUUCGACAUAAGUAUAUUGAGACACGCAUUCGUCCAAAAUUCCAUGGAGACCUAGGACGACACAAACCCCGGUUUCAUGCCUAUGUUUGGGAAUCUCCCCCCGGAAAAGUCAUGGACUGGAGUAAGAGGCUUGGUGCGGAGUACAAGAAGUGA